AUGGUCAAUAUCGAACUUUGGUUUAUUCCAAUUGAUAUUAUUUCCAUAAUUGGUACAAGUAUAACUAUUUUAUUAGGUAUCAUAUUUCUUCUUCUUAUAAUAUUCAAUAAAACAAGUCGUACAAUUCCAAUGAUAUUAAUUGCAAACACAUCAUUGAGCGCAAUUGCUUGGGGAUCAAGUAUGCUUAGUAUAGCAAUAUUUACAUUACAAAAUGAUCUUCAACGAAUUGAAACUUAUGACAUAUUUUGUAUUAUUCGACCUUUUUUUGGUUAUGGUCUAUGCGGCACAUUUCAUUUUUCAUUGACUUUACAAUCUCUAUAUCGAUAUAUGAUUGUUGUUCAUCCAAAACGUUUAUUUUAUCAAUCUAUAAGAUUUCAAUUAUUUCUUAUGAUAUUAACAUGGAUUUCUGGUUUUGUUAUUCCAAUUGAAUCCAUUGCACGAAAUGAAUUAGUCUAUAACAUUGAGAAUCAAAUAUGUCAAAUUCCACUUCGAUUCUCAUUUUCGAUAAUUUAUAUGGCCAAUUGUAUUUAUUUAAUUCCAAUUGCAAUAACAAUAUUUAUCUAUUAUAAAUUAGUUCGUUAUGUUAAGUCAAUAAAUACACAUACAACAUCUAUUAAUGUUAUUAUUCGUGCACGACGUCAAUUAAAAAUGGUAACACGUAUUAUAACAAUAAUUCUCAUUCUAUUAUUUCUUGGUAUUCCAUAUCUUAGUUUUAUUUUAAUGUCAUUUUUUACAAUACCAUUCAAAUAUCAUUUUCGAAUUGCUUUUGUAUUUGUUGAUGUAUCUAUGGCUGCAGUUAUGAUUGUUUUGUUUCAAUUUACCGAACAAUUCCAAAGUUUUCUAAUAGCAAAAAGAAAAGCACAUCACAAUAUUGUGGCAGUUCUACCGGUUGUACUCAAUUGA